AUGUACAAAUCUAGUCGGAGCGACAUUCCUAGAGUAAUCAAGCACACCCUGAGUAAGAAUGUAAUAUGCUUCGGCUCCUGGCUCACCUCUCGGCCUUCAGAAGCGCAGGCUUAUGCACUACGCUUUGCGGGACGCACCCAGUCCAGCCGUGCACUGCUGUUGGCGGGGGUGCUGCCUGGCCACUUCACUCGCGGCAAGGAGGGUCUCCUGGAACCUCCGCGCUGUGACUCUUCUGGCAAGAGGUUCGAUGCUACGGCCGACGAUGCGCAGAGGCCAAGGGUCUUCUGCGUCUUCAAAGACUUUCAAGCGUUGUCAUGGUUGCGUCCUGACAAGCGGGAGGCUGGGGCAGUAGCUAGGAGCAGGAAUCCAGCGACAGGCGGGACCUGCAUAGGUCCAGGUCUUCUCUUCAAGCUUCAUGUCUACGGUGAGAAGGUGUCGGACUCCAGCCUCAUGAUUGCUGCAGCUGCAGCGCGCCGUGCAGCCACCGCUGCCCGCCCCGGCGAAACGCCCCUCCAAGCCGCUCUCCAGGCGGCAAAGGCAUGCUGGAAGAGGGCAGAGGCGGAGAGACGGGCACGCCGACGUGCAAAAGUGGGAGCAAAGCCCAAGCUGAGGACGAAAGCCCCGCCCGAGCAAAGUGUGGAGGCAGGUGCCAUCGUUGUCCAGGCAGAGCACCUCGCGCACGAGGCAGCUGCAUGUAAGGAGGCAUGGGAUGCGAGGGCAGCAGUUCGGCUCCUUCGGCAGUCCGCUGCGUUGAUGGAGUCUGCCAAUGCUGCGAGGAAGCAGCUACGAAGGGCUGCCAACGAGGUGCUGCAGGUCCUCGACGUGGAGGAUCCCAAGACACGCAGCCUCGUCGGCGAUGCCUUGCGCACGUUUGGCGUGCAGUGA